CUCAAAAGAAGAUUGUUCACAUUCAUGUCAUCUUCUUGCUGUGAUUUCGGUGAUUGACCAUUAUGACAAACAAAAUCAAUUUCCCACCGGUCAAUAUCCAGCAACUAUCUAGGUAGGUAGGCAGGCAUGUACCAACAAAAAUUCGAUCAUUCUUUGUGAGCAAUGUAAUUCGUUGGAAUUCACGUCCACUCUAAUUGUUACAGGGAGAUGCAAAGUGUGACUUACAGUAGUGAAUCCAUCUAGACCUCACACAAAAGGACAGCAUAUGGUUCAUCCCACUUCCACAAAUUCAACGUUUAAGCAUAUGUCCAACAUAGUACAUAUAAGACUACAUACAUACAUGCUUUAACACCUACUUCACCCACAAUCUCCACCAACGUGUUUGUCCAACAACACGUAGGACUCUUCAGUUGACACACAUAAGGUCUCAACGACAUUGCCAUUGCCGUUUUCAACACGGCAGAGUUAAUACAGCAUGAGUACCGGUACUUCUUCAAUGAAGUCCCAGGAUUCAAGCGGCUUGCGGGAACGAAACAAUAAUGUUCCUACCACAAAUGAGGAUAAUAUGACAACCCCUUGCGGUUCCGAGCCAUCCUCUGAAGACUUCAAGCUCGAGAAGGACAAGAAGACGUUUGGCAGAACCCCCAAUGGUACCAGUAAGUCAAGAAUUUCAUUCAAGUAUCGCACAGCCAUUAUCAUUUCGAAAGAUCCAAGCUAAUAGUCCCACAGUAUUUACAGUACCUCAAACCCAUGAUAUGGUUUCUCAAUUACUCGAUCCCCGACAACCCAAGAACCUUUCGGAUUUGAUUGUCUUGGUCAUACUUGCCCUCCAUAUAUUUGCACUUUACGCCUUGCCAAGUUCGCUGAAAAGACCAGUAUUCGCCGUCUUGUUCUUGUUCUGGCGAGGAUGCUACAAUGUCGGCAUUGGAUACCUCCUUCACAUACAAUCGCACCACAGAAGAAUAGUGGCAUGGGCAAAGAAAUGGAAUUUAUUUGAGAACCCCAAUACUGGCAAAAAUCCUCGACCGUGGUUAUACAAUUUAAUCAAGACUGAGCUGGAGACUAAAAUACCAGAAGAUUACAAAUUGGAAGAAGCUCCUAUCGAGUACAAUACAUGGUUAGUCUUUCGAAGGGUGGUGGAUCUCAUUUUGAUGUGUGAUUUCACAUCGUAUUGUCUCUUUGCGAUUGCUUGUGGGGGUGCGCCCACGGAUGAAAGUUUCGCUAUGUCAAUACUUCGGUGGGGUGCAGGUAUCAUACUCGUUUUAUUCAACCUAUGGGUUAAGCUUGAUGCACAUCGAGUGGUAAAAGAUUAUGCUUGGUACUGGGGUGACUUCUUCUACUUGAUCGAUCAAGAAUUGACAUUUGACGGUGUUUUUGAAAUGGCACCUCAUCCAAUGUAUUCUGUUGGAUAUGCUGGUUAUUAUGGUAUCUCAAUGAUGGCUGCAAGCUACAGCGUGUUAGCAAUUUCGAUCGUUGCACAUAUGGCUCAAUUUGCAUUUCUACUCGUUGUGGAGAACCCUCACAUCGAAAAAACCUAUAAUGCACCACCUCCCAGAAAGCACCAAGAGAAUUCAAGCUCAAGCGACAGCGAUCAUGCAAACGUACUGGCAUCAAGUAAAGAAGGUUCAGAAUAUAGCGUAGAUCCAUCGUCCACGCCUAUACCACUACUGAAUGCCGCUCAACCAUUAUCCGUCCAUAACCUCAUGGGAUUGGGUAAUAUUGAUCUAUUCCGAAUCACAGAUGUUUCUGUUCUUCUACUCCAAGGUUAUGUCUUUCUCAUUACUGCACUCACGCCGUCAACCCCAAUUUAUCAAGCACUGUUUGUUAUCCAUGCUAUAUUUUGGCGUUUAUGGUACGCCGUUGGCCUUGGAAUCAUUCUUGACAGACAAUCGAACAAAAAGAUGUGGACACGACAUUUUGUCAAAUAUGGUGAUAGUACAGAAGAAGCCUGGAGACAGUGGAAAGGGAUGUACCACUUGAGCAUGACAAUGUGCUACGCAAGUUUCAUUGCUGCAACGUGGAAGAUGUACUCUAUGCCUUCCGACUGGGCUUAUGGGCUUGUCUUGUUGCGACAUGUCCUAGGUGCUGGCUUGGUUUCUCUUCAAAUCUGGACUGCCAUCAGUAUCUAUGAGUCUUUGGGUGAAUUCGGAUGGUUCUUUGGAGACUUCUUCUUUGAUCAUGCACCCAAACUUACUUAUAGUGGUAUUUACCGAUAUCUCAAUAACCCAGAACGUAUCAUCGGGCUUGCUGGUAUUUGGGGAGCGGUUUUCAUCACUGGAAGCCGAGCUAUAUUCUUCUUAGCGCUUCUCAGCCAUACACUUACAUUUGCAUUCCUUCAAUUUGUUGAAAAACCUCACAUGCAGAAAUUGUAUGGACUAAAUCUUCGAUCAGAAGCAGGUCUAUCGAAAAGCAUCAAGAGAUCGUUACCGCCUCAAAUCAAGAAAUGGCAUGGUAAUGUUGAUAGAGUCUUGGAGGAAACUGGUCAUUUCGUUGAAGAAUUUUUGGAUGCCGCUCGACCAAAAUUUGCAGCUGGUGUUUCUACUAUAUUUAGAGACACCACUGCAAUCUUCAGUCAAUAUCCUGCUCGUCUGACCUUAACAAGAAUUGCACCAGAUUUGGCCGGCUUUGAUCCGAGAGAUUAUUCUAUCAAAAUCGAGGGUACAUCAUUUGAUUCGACUGUGCACAAACGUACAACUUCUAAAGAAGGAAUCAACGCCCGCUUGCCACAAGAACGGAUGGAUGAAUUCAAGCCACUCGUCUUUGAAUACGGUGCACCGAUUAAAGUGAAAUGGACAGCGCCAAUAAAUCAUAGCAAUGCUGAUUGGGUAGGUUUGUACAUGGUAGCUGACAAUGCAUCUCGAGAAGUAACGCGAAUUCCUUCAUCCGGUCGCUGGGUUGCCACUGUUCCUAAUGAGUACGAAUUUACACCAGCAGAUAAAGGUAUCCUCGUCUCGAAUAGAUUUGUGUCAGGCGAAAAGCGUACAGAUGGAUCAACUCAAGAUUACCUUGAAGGUGAAAUGCUCUUUGAAGGAGACAAAAUCUUCUGGAACCAAGGAGUUUUCGAAUUCCGUUAUCAUCAUGAUGGUAAACACAAUGUCAUGGCUAUCUCGCUUCCGUUCGAAAUCCGCAUCCCUCGUUUCGACGACGAAAACUCAAGUCUAAACAUUUCUCUUGAUUCCGACAACUCACAUUCCCAAUCUCUAAUCCGUAGCGCAGUCGAGCAAGCUCUAUUGCCUGUAGUGCGCAAUUGUUUUGAUCGAGAUCCGGAUAUUGCUCCUAACUCAGUAGAUGAAAGUUUUGGGGAACUGGUGGCUCGGGAUGGAAAAUAUCCCAGGCGCGUGGUACACGCUGUUCAUUAUAUGUUUGGUAUUGAAUUUGCGCCAGAGGUAGUGAGAGCGGAUGGGAAUGUUAGGAAUUUAGCCUGGAGAAUUUGUAAUGCGAAGCAGGUACUGGUAUGCAGAUUUUCUCAAACUCGUCCAAGGUCAUUUUCUCGACCAGCGUCAUUACGACGUGAUACAUGAGGAUAUAUUUCUUUUCGAUUUUUCUAAUUUUCAUCAUCUUCAAUGGAUGGGUUCUCGAGAUGGGCUAUUUUUUCGAUCAUUUUCAGAUUACUUCAACUUCGACAUUUCAUUUUUUAAACUAUUUUCUUUCCUUAUGAUAUCCUGGAAAUUAUUCGGCCGGAUCGGAAAGACGGACACCGUUAGAAAAAAAUACCAAGAUUCAGAGAGAUAGACAUUGACCAACAAAACUUGCAGGCUCCAUAUAGUAUGUCGCUUUCGAAAGGGACGAAUACACCGGUUGGUGAAGGGGAGAAGGUUUAAGUGGGUUGGCUGAUGAUGUGAGGAUGAUGAAGGAAUGUUGCAGUGGAUGAUGAAAGAAGGUUGCUGUGGAUGGGCAUAGGGGAAUAAUCUUCAAGUGAUUAAGAUUUGUAUGAAGAUGACGAUGAUGAUUUGAUGGAGUGUUAGAUGGUACGUGGUAAUGCAGUAAAGAUACAAAGAUACCCUGUUCUGCAUUGUCUUGUUUGAUUCUUAUUAUUGGUGACGGACGACAUGUCACAAUUUUGUUGGGGAAGAAGAGUAUAGUAUAGUAUAGUAUAGUAUGCAUAGCACUAGUAUUACAGAAAUAAAAAGAUCUAGAGAUAGAUAG